UUUUUUCCUUGACGUUGUGGUUUCAUUUUUAAUAUUUUUUAUUAUAAUUUUGAAAAGAAGCUGAAUAUUUUUUUUAAUCAGAAAAACAUAAUAAAAAGUGUCUGGUGUACAAAUUUAGCGUAAACUGAGACUUUACUACACGAAGCGACUGAAUCUAGCCGAAGUGUCCCAAAAUUCAUGAGUGUCAACUAAAUUUAUUGUUUAUGUAAAAUUUUGCAAAUCAGAAUUAAGAAAUUUUUUUAUUUACGAAAGAAAAAAACGAGCAAGCUGUUAAAAGAGAACGAAGAAAGGUGCGAUAACGAAAGGCAUAAACACUUUCACGAUUAACACUGACAGUUAGGCAACGCAAAGAUGUCCUAUCAAAUAAAAUCGACACCAUUUUUUCGACGCAUGGUUAGCACCAGUAAAAAGAAUGGCCAGCUGCAACGUUUAAAAGAGGAAUACGAGCGCAUCAAAGACUUCAAUGAUCGCACGAUUGAAAUGAAGAUGCGACAGGUGCGUCUGAAGCGACUCUUUCGCGAAAUCGAAGAGAUCAAAGAGACAUCAUCACAAUGGAAACGACGACGUGUGACGGCCAUGGAUCGUCUACGUACGAACGAGGAGAUACGCGUCGAGACCUUGGUGAAGGCUAAGGAGCUGGGCAAAGAGUAUUCGAAAAUGAAUGCGUUGGUCGAUCGCUGUUCGUCGCGUCUCGAUGCUGUGGCAUCGGGUGCCGCCGUCGGCAGUAUGUCAUCGCGCAUAGAAUUGGAACGUAAAGCGCGUUCGGAUAAACGCAUCAGUUACGGCAACGAUCGUUCACGUAUGAAUAUACAAAAAAUCUCAACAAGUCAACGUAAAUCCAAUGUGAAGAUCGUUAUUAGCGCGGAACAAGAACUCAAGGAGUUGAAAGAUAGACUCAAGACUCGUCUUCAAUUCGGUAAUUCGUGUUCCAGUCGCAAUCUAUCUAGAAAACUUAAGAAAGAUGGUCACCGCAAGGCCUCAGAAGGUAAAUCUUUAAUCGAGUUUGGCAAACCAACGGAGCACGAGACAUUGCAAUGCAAGUUCACACGUGAUGCUGGCGGCCUGGAUAUGCCAUCGAUGGCAUUUAACGACACAUCGCGUCCUACUAAGACCUUUGAGGAUAUGCAUACGAGUCGAGCGGUUGGCGGCAUGUCGGAUAUGUCGUCCAAAAACGAUGAGGAUCGACGCAUACGUGCGCGACAACGUUGGCGCAAGGUAGCGUUACUCGUACGUCAUCGUUUCGAUACGUUCUUACGACGUAAUGCGCCACCGCCAUUACGUGAAAACAGUGACACCGGUUCGGAAGAAUAUUCGUUGCGCGCCAUAUCGAAUGACACCGAUUUACCGCUCAGUCAGUUGCGCAACAAAGCUUCACCACCGAAUUCUGAAGCCGAGCUUCAACCCGGUGAGGUGCUACUAAGCGUUGAAUCGCUCGAUCCAAUAGAGUCGCAAUCGCUGCCCGAUCCUGGUUCACUGACAGCAGGCAAUUCAUUGUGUGACGAGUCUAGCAAUGCAACGGAAGACCGUCGUAAAGUGCAGACGUAUGUGAAACUACUGGAACCGUUUCUACGCGAUGCCGGUAAGAAGGCUGUAGAGCUUAGCGUUGAGGAGCUCCGUAGCAUUUUCGAACAUCGCAGCGCCGAGUAGCUGAACUUCGGACGUCGCGCUCCACAUAUUUUGUGCAGAAUGAAAUCAGUCCACAAAAGUAUAUGAUCAUCUAUUGUUACACCCGUAAAGAACGUGCGUUCAUUUUGUUUCGAUGGCGUAAAUCUUAACUUUUCGCUUUUCAAAUAAAACUUCUGUGCUCUCACAAUUUGGCACAUGCCCUCUCAUUCCUGGUUUAUUGUGCUAAGUUACAAUGUUAGUGCAUUUGAAUUUAGUGCUAUUUUCUCAACAAGUGUUCAGCUAGACAUGCCGUCGUCGUUCAUUGCAAAUAGACUCAGUCCAAUUGGCUCCCAUUGUACCGUAGCACACAGUUCAUCACAAAUUUUAGUUUGCAAUAAAAAUUAAAAAUUAGAAA